CGUGAACAGUACAUUCAAACGGGAGGGGGACUAGGAGGUGACCUUUAACCUCUCUGCACUGCCCGGUGGGUUGCUUUGCAGCACUUCAGGUGUGGGUUCGCCUCUCCGGGAGUCCCCAGGUGCCUCCGCCACUGCUUCUUGUCGCGCCGCCACCUGCGCUGUGGCCUGCAGUGGUCGCGGGAGCCGUAGAGAGGACGCUGGGACACCUGGAGGCCGGGAAAUGGACUCAGUGACCUUUGAGGAUGUAGCUGUGAACUUCACCCUGGAGGAGUGGGCUUUGCUGGAACCAUGCCAGAAGAAUCUCUAUAGAGAAGUGAUGGGGGAAACCUUUAAGAACCUGGCCACUAUAGGAAAAGAAUGGAUAGACCAGAGCUUUGAAGACCACAGUAAAAAUUCCCGGAGAAAUCUAAGAAAUCUUAUUGGAAAGACACUCUUAGAAUGUAAAGAAGGUAGUCGGUGUGGAGAAACCUUCAGUCAGAUUCCAGAUCAUAUGCUCAACAAGAAAACUCCUUCUGGAGUAAAACCAUGUGAAAGUAAUGUGUAUGAAAAAGUCUCCAUUGGUCAUUCAUCUUUUUUUACGCCCACGAAAGCUAACAUUGCACACAACCUAUCUGAGUAUAAGGAAUGUAGACAAAAGCCAUAUACACAUAAGCAGCGUGAGAAAGCCUUCAGUUAUCGGCACUCCUUUGGAACACAUGAAAGGUCCUCCACUGGAAAGAAACUCUAUGAUUGUAAGGAAUGUGGAAAAACCUUCAUUUCUCUCACAGGCUUUCGAAAUCACAUGGUACUGCACAGUGGAGAUGGACCUCAUAAAUGUAUGCUUUGUGGAAAAGCAUUUGCGUUUCGCAGUUUAUAUCGUAAACAUGAAAGAAUUCACACUGGAGAGAAACCAUAUAAAUGUAAACAAUGUGGUAAAGCUUUCCGUACCCCCGGUUCUGUUAGAACACAUGAAAUAAAUCACACCGGAGAGAAGACAUAUGAAUGUAAGGAGUGUGGGAAAGCAUUCAUUCAUUUCAGUUCCAUGCUUAUACAUGAAAGGACGCACACUGGAGAAAAACCUUAUGAAUGUGAGCAGUGUGGGAAAGCAUUUGCUCAGCGGAGGAGCAUUCAGUGGCACAUGAGAAUGCACAGUGGAGACAGACCUCAUGAAUGUAAGAUAUGUGGGAAAGCCUUUUAUUCUCCUGGUUCACUUCAAAGACAUGAAAGAAGUCACACUGGAGAAAAACCCUAUGAAUGUAAGCAAUGCGGUAAAGCCUUAAGUUCUUCCACUUCCUUGCGAUAUCAUGAAAGAAUUCACACUGGUGAGAAACCCUAUGAAUGUAAGCACUGUGGUAAAGCCUUCAGGUCUGGCAAGUUUAUUAGAAUACAUGAAAGGACUCACACUGGAGAGAAGCCCUAUGAAUGUAAGCAAUGUGGGAAUGCCUUCCAUUGUGUCCGCUCCUUUCGUAGACAUGAAAGGAUUCACACUGGAGAGAAACCCUAUGAAUGUAAGCAAUGUGGUAAAACCUUCACUUCUUCCACUUCCUUUCAAAUACAUGAAAGAAUUCACACUGGGAAAAUCAAGUUGAAGCAGGGUCCACACAGCCCAUAUGAAUCUGGCUGUCACCCUGAUGUGCCGCUAAAAAGCAACUAA